AUGGGUGUGUCGCAAAAAUGGUUAAGAAUUUUUCGAGGGAGAUUCAUCAGAUCAUCCAACAAAGACUUCAUUCUACCUCGUACAAGUGUUUGCACUAACGAAUGCGAAGAAGCCAUACUUAGGAACGAAGACUUCAGUUUCUUCCCUGCACCAGCACCAAUCUCUUCAAUCACCAAGGAAGAUGCUGCGGCCAUUAAGAUCCAAGCUUAUUUCAGGGGACAUCUAGCGAGAAGAGCAUAUAAAGCAUUGAAAAGCCUAGUGAAGGUGCAAGCGUUGGCUCGUGGGGUGUGGGUGAGGAAACAAUCACGUAUAGCAAUGCAGUGUAUGCACGCACUUGUGCGAUUACAAGUCAGGGUUCGUUCAAGCCAGUUACUUGGUAGCUUUCACAACAAGGAACCAACCACUAACUGA